AUGCCUGAUCGCAGGGCGAUCCGGCCCAUCCCGCCCAAGAAGGCCGUCCAGUGGAGGGCAUACGACGGCCUGCUGGCUGGCAUCUUCAAGAAGUGCGUCGACAAGUGGAGCUGGAUCAAGGGCGGCCAGGACUCCGUGAAGUUCCUGGCGGAGCUCAUCCAGGAACUCCGCGACUACGAGGACACGAUGGGCAACCGCCAGGGCCCGAAUGCUCCUGUGGCCGCCGCGGAGGCCUACGCUUUCUGUAAGCGGAAGAAGCAGCGCACUGGCCCGGAGUCAGCGGCGGUGGUGGGCGGCGACGACGAGAUGAGUGACAAUGAGGUCGUGGUUGUGGAGGAUGACGAGAGCGCUGGCUCUAAGAAGGCCGACGACCCGCCGAUGCCCGUAGUGGACACCGCCUGGUUGAGCUAUCUGGCCCAGUGUACUGCACCCAGCCUGCUCAGCCGCCCCGAUCAGCAGGAAGUGCACGGCAAAGGCGGUGACGACCUGCAGUGGACCUGGCCUGACCAGCCUGAGGAAGAGGAGAAAAGGGUCUACGCGGAGCGCAAGACUGCUGGCGAUUCAGACGAGGACGCUCAGAAGGCAGCUUCAGAAGCCGCGGCGACCAAGUCGAAGGCUCUGAAGGAAGCAAAGAUGGUGAAGAGCCAGGUCAAGAAGAACCAGCCACAGUCGGCGGCGGCGGCUAUCGAUGCUCCGGAAACGGCGCCUCAGAACAACACCCAGUACUACGAAGCGCUCAUCGACGCCGUCAACGUGAUCCUUCAGUGCCCCACCUUCGUUGACCUUCAGACGACCGCUGCGCCGCUGCCGAUCAACACCAAGCCGGGAGAAGACCAGUCAGGAUGCUACAGGGCCGCGAUCAACUUGAUGUGGAUUGACCCAUUUGGGUCCACAACGCCCACAGUACCGCUCAGUGUGGAGAGGGUCCGGGAACUCGGGCAAUUUGCUUGUCCCGCCGGGGAUGCAAAGCACUUGACCGAGAACUUCACAGUCGCGGUCGACAGCCCGGACCAGGCGCCUGAUGAGAAGCUUGCUGCCUGGCGCCGGGUCUUUUUGUCGGCGCCGGCAGUGUUCACAGUGGUGGGCGGGGGAGACAGCUUGUACUGGCACAGCUUCCACCGGAGGCAGCAAGUGGUGCAGACUUACGACUCCCUCAAGAGAAGCGCUCGACAACUCGCUUUUGAGGCGACUGCCUUCAAAAACAAGAAGGAGUCCGAGGCUGGCGAGAGACUUGGAGUUAAGGAGGUGCAAGACAUCUUCCGGUCCAAGGCCCACCUCAUGGCGAAAUCCUCCGUGAAAGGCGACAUGGCGGAUGGAUUCGUGAAGGACUGCCUGUUCGUCUAUGAGAAGUUGCUCGUGGACACAACCUGCAACGAGGUGCUGGACAAGUUGGAGAGCAAGUGUGGCUUGGAGUCGCCAUUGAACUCCCUUCAGAAACUUCGGGUGCUGAUUGCAAAAAGCGAGAACAUGGAGACCAGGCAAUGGAUUCUGAAAGUGAUUUGCGACAUGGUGGAGGGAGGAGCGCUUGAGCGCGAGACCAUCACCAAGACCUACCUCGCUGGGACGCCCACAGCCGCAUCGCUGGUCGAGCUGUUGAAGCUGAAGCGAACUGUGGCGCAUCACUUUUUGCAGGUGGAGAUGCCACGCAGCCAGUUCGACACUCAGGACCUUGCCAAGAUCCACUCGAAGAUCAUGACGAUUUGCAGCUACCGGAAAUACGUGACCGCUGCUAACCUUGAAGGUCCAUCUGAAGUUCAAUGGAUGUCUUCGUUGAAGCGCUCCAGCAUGCUUGUGCUGAGGUUGAUCGAGGACAUCCUGUACACGACGACGCUCAACGGCCCCUUGAUUGCUCUUCUGAAGAAAGGAAAGGGAGCCAACCCGCUUGGGCUGCUCGAGAUCGAGACGUUCUGUCUACGAUGGAAGGCUUGCGUGGCAGCAAAAGACAAUGAACUAGCUGCAGAGAAAGCGCUCUACAAGGCGGCCGAGGAGGAGCAGGACGAGCAGGACGAGUGCACGAAGAUCGCGCAGGGCAGCGUGGCUCCGCAGCCUUCAAAGUACCCCAAGGGCUCGGCUGAGCAUUGGACAGCGACGGCAGCGCAACAGGUUGCGAUCUAUGUGUCGUUGCGGGCCGAGCCUCCAACCCAGUCUGCCGUUGCCCGGGCCGUAGGGGAUAGCGGCCUGAAUGGCGACCUCCGCGGCGUGCAGGGCAAGAGCGGUGUCAUGAUCCACUUUGACGCCAACCUGUUUGCAGAGGCCGCCAAAAGGCCUGACCGAAGGUUUCCACCACUGAGCCCAGCCCUCAUGAAAAAGUUGAUCCACGGCAGCAUCAAGGGCCGCGGCGGCCUGGCGAACAAGAAGGUGGCAGAGGAUCACUUCGACCGUCCAAUUGACGGAGACUUCAUUUUCUUGAACGAUGCUGGGCGGAACGUGCUGGAGAGCCUCUUGGCGCCGUUCAAGUCGAAGGAUGGCAAGGGGGCCUUGGCGCACUACCUGGAGCACACGGAGAUCACGCUGUGCCUCAGCCAGGAGUCAAUGGAAGGAAAGAAGAAACUGAACCGCGGCAUGAUCAACCAGAUUCAGCGCUGGCAUUUGAUCAGCACCGAGCCCAUGAAAGAGAUGUACGGAGACAAGAUGAUGGGCGCAGAUUCUGCCGAGGACCCAAAGGAGAAUGAAGAACAGCAGCGCCACGGUGACUCUUAUGAGCCUGCCUUCUUCAACCACUUGCCGGUGACGCUGUACUCAGACGCCCUGGCCGCGUACGAGAUCACAGGCGUGCUGGAUUGCACGCCAGGCGCAGGAGAUCUGGCCAAGGCGGCCUUGGAUUCCUUACAUGGCCCUGACCAUGACAGAGACUCACGCUUCGCUUCUCCAGAGUGA